AACUCCAGCUCAGCAGGCAGCGCAUCUCUCAUUCUCUCCACUCCCACUCUUCCAUCAUGAAGACCUUUCUCUCCAGCUCGCUCGUGAUCUCCGUGGCCACUGCCCUGCCACACUACAUCAGGAGCAGUGGCAUUGAAGCCAGCCUUCUGACCGAUCCCAAGGAUGUCGCCGGACGCACUGUCGACUACAUCAUUGCCGGUGGAGGUCUGACAGGCUUGACCACCGCGGCCCGUCUGACGGAGAACCCGAACAUCACUGUCCUGGUCAUCGAGAGCGGAUUCUACGAGUCUGACCGGGGCCCAAUCAUCGAGGAUCUCAACACCUACGGUGAGAUCUUCGGCUCCAAUGUGGACCACGCCUACCAGACGGUGGAGCUGGCCACCAACAACCUCACGGAGCUGAUCCGGUCCGGCAAUGGACUGGGUGGCUCUACUCUGGUCAAUGGUGGCACCUGGACGCGCCCCCACAAAGUGCAGGUCGACUCCUGGGAGACGGUCUUUGGCAACGAGGGCUGGAACUGGGACACCGUCGCCGCCUAUUCCCUCGAGGCAGAGCUCGCUCGCGCCCCCAACGCGAAGCAGAUUGCUGCGGGCCAUUACUUCGACGAGUCCUGCCAUGGCACCAACGGAACCGUUCAUGUUGGCCCUCGCGACACGGGCGAUGACUACACUCCCAUCAUCGAGGCCCUCAUGACCACCGUCGAGAAGAGAGGCGUGCCCACCAAGAAGGAUCUCGGCUGUGGUGACCCCCAUGGCGUGUCCAUGUUCCCCAACACCCUGCACGAGGACCAAGUCCGCUCCGAUGCCGCUCGCGAAUGGCUCCUUCCUAACUACCAGCGGCCGAACCUGCAAGUCCUGACCGGCCAGUUGGUUGGCAAGGUGCUCCUCGACCAGAAGGCCACUGUCCCUCGCGCCAUCGGGGUCGAAUUCGGCACCCACCGCGAUACCACCUUCAACGUCUAUGCCAAACACGAGGUCCUCCUGGCGGCCGGCUCGGCCGUCUCGCCCACCAUCCUCGAACAUUCCGGUAUCGGUCUCAAGUCCGUCCUGGACUCCGUGGGCAUCGACACUGUCGUUGAGCUCCCUGUCGGUCUCAACCUGCAGGAUCAAACCACCGUCGCCGUCAGCUCCCGCAUCACCUCCGCCGGUGCCGGUCAAGGCCAGGCCGCCUUCUUUGCCACCUUCAACGAGACCUUUGGCGACUACGCUCCUCAGGCGCACCAGCUACUCAACUCCAAGCUCGCGCAAUGGGCCGAAGAGACCGUCGCCCGCGGCGGGUUCCACAACACCACCGCCCUGCUGAUCCAGUACGAGAACUACCGUGACUGGCUCGUCAACCACAACGUCGCCUACUCCGAGCUCUUCCUCGACACCGCCGGCGCCGUCAGCUUCACCAUCUGGGACCUGAUCCCCUUCACCCGCGGCUACGUCCACAUCACCGACCCGGACCCCUACCUCCGUCUCUUCGCCUACGAUCCCCAGUACUUCCUCAACGAGCUCGACCUGUACGGCCAGGCUGCUGCCUCCCAGCUCGCCCGGAACCUGUCCAACUCGGACGCCAUGUCGGCGUACUUUGCCGGGGAGACCGUCCCGGGGGACAACCUCGCGUACGAUGCCGAUCUGAGCGACUGGGCCGACUACGUCCGGUACAACUUCCGCCCUAACUACCACGGCGUGGGUACUUGCUCCAUGAUGCCGAAGGAGCUGGGCGGGGUGGUGGACUCUUCGGCCCGUGUGUAUGGCGUGGAUAGCCUCCGUGUCAUUGAUGGGUCGAUUCCUCCCACCCAGGUGUCUUCGCACGUCAUGACGGUGUUUUAUGCCAUGGCGUUGAAGAUUUCGGAUGCCAUUCUGAAGGAUUAUGCUGCGAGUCAGUGAUUAUCCCGUGCGAGUUGGCGACCUUAGAUGCGUGUGAGCUGGUACUUGGUGCUAUGCUUUCGGUUGGAUGUGAUAGAUUGCG